AUGAGAGAUAUUGAUGAAUGCAAGCAAGGGAUCUGCCAAAAUGGAGCAUUCUGCGAAGAUCUGUUGCCACCAAGAAUGUUCAAGUGCACAUGUAAGCCUUACACAUACGGAAAAAUUUGCGACAAAGAAUACCCAAAAAGCGAAGAAGGAUUUCAAUGCCAAAGUACUGACAAAUCAAGUUUGAUAAGCUGGGUUCCAGAAGAAAAUUUCAGAAUUUUAGACUAUUUCCCCUUUGGAUUGCGAAACGUGAAGACUAUGAGCCCUAAAAGCUUUAGGAAAUUUGUUUCAUUAAAACUUAAAUUAGAAAGGGGUAUGGACAUUGGUUCAAUGGCAAAAAGUUGGUUAAAAACUCAUGCAACGCACGUAUAUAUUGAUCACGAAAAAGAUCCGACCAUAGUUGAAAGUUUAAGACCUCCACAUUACAUACGAUAUUAUAACGAUUGGGGGUUUAAUUUCAAUUGGGCUCAAACCCACACAGAAUCAGACGUGCCAUUUCAACAUGUAAUAGAGAUGGUAUUUCCUGCCCCAGUAUUAAUAAGAGGUUUUGUGACUCGGGGUGGUUACGAGAAACGUAAUGUAGCUAAAGAUUGCGCUCCUUGCAAACGACUCGUCACAAAGUAUAAAGUAUCUGUAAGGCGCGGAUCUUCGAAAUGGUUCCGCCUGCGUAAUCCUGAUUCAAGUGAAACCGUUUUUGAGGCUUUAUCACCUGGUGAGAUCUCACUCAACUCGGCCGAGGAUUUGAAAAAACUAGACGUUGAUAAACCCCGAUAUAGAGCUGUUAAUCCAGCAGUUACGGCUGAGGCUCUCAGAAUACACGUAGUAGAUUGGUGGCCCAGGGAACUCGACCUAUCUUCACUUUUGACAACUGUCCCUUCGCCUCAUGUAACCGUCAACAGUGACGGUAGAGUCUCUCCAGAGGAACCGCCCCCACCCCAUUUAAUAGAUGUCAAGAAUUUAGGAAGGGAAAGAAUGAUAAGGUCGCAGAACCCUGUGAUGAGGAUCGACGUGAUGGGAUGCCAUGGGAUGAUCGUGUGAAUAGCUGAACGAUUCGGAAAGAAAUAAAGAAAUGGAAUGUG